AUGACUCUCGAUGGGAAGAAUGUGGAAUCACUUUUAAAAUCUUACUGUGACCUUGGAUACCGCUUAAACUGUAACAAGUUUAUGGUUGACACAUUUAAAGGUGAAAAUUUUUCCGCCAAAGAGAAAGUCAAGAACCUUCGAUCGUUAGUAUCUGCUCGAUUGAAAUUCUGGCAAAAUUGGUUGAUUAUUGUCGACAACGUUGUGCAACUGAACGAAAUUUCUUCGUUACUACCACAAGUAGGUGAUCACAUGUGGAAAAAUGGACAACUAAUAAUAACUGUUCAGAAUACAGAUGCCGUACCUCACGAUGAAUUGUUCAGCAAACAUAUUUCUAUCAGUAGUGGAAUGAAUGACAGAGAAUGUUGUCAAUUGUUAAAUUCUUACACUAAAGAUGAAAAGGCUGAUGAUCAAUUGUUGAAUGAAGUAUCCCACGCAUUAGAUCGUCAACCGCUGGCUUUGGCUGCUACUGGUUAUUAUGUCAGUCGUGUAAACAAAGCAGACUGCUCAUUUACUUGGAGUCAAUAUUUAAAGAAAAUGUCUUUAGAAGAAGAAGAAAACAUUGACCCCAAUUUUGUUAAAUUUAACUCGGUAUAUCCUAGAAGUAUGUUACAAGCUUCACUUUUAGCUGUCAAACAAAGUGCAGAAGAAUCCUCAAUAUUGGCACUGGUUAUUAGCUUUUUUUCUAUGAUAUCAUUUGAUCCUUUACCACGAGAAAUUAUGGUUUAUUAUGUUCAAAAAAAUGAUCCCAAACAAGCUGAGGAAGAUAUAUGCCUUUGUUUAGACGAAUGCUCAUUGUUCUUGCAUUCAGAAAGUAAUGACAUUAGUCUACAUCGCGUUGUCCACAAAGCAAUUAUUGUUUAUCAAUCUGAACAUUCAAAUGAAGAACAUGAAAUGGAAACUAACGUUGAUCAUAUAUCUAAAGCACUUUACAUGUUUAAAGGGAGACACGACGAAAUCAAAUUAAUGCCGCAUCUUGAAAAAAUUAUUCAAUUAUUAAAGGCCAACAAGACAAAACUCAACAUGAACACUUUACAAGUUUUCCGUUAUUUUGUUGAGAGAUUAAGACAUUUUGGAAAAUACGAUCUUGCUCUUGAACUAUUGGAUAAAUUUAAAUCAGAUAAAUUUAGUUAUGACAAAGCUUGGUAUUUUAGUAUUCUUGGUCUUUUAUACCAUAACACCGGAAAGUAUAGCAAAGCUAAAAAUCAUCAUGAAAAGGCUCUGGAAAUUCGAAAUAGUAAAGAUUAUUUACUCAAGACAAUGAGAAAAGAAGAAACUUUCUCUAUAAAUACUGGCAAAGGGUGUCGCAAAAGAAUUCACAAAGCAAAGUUUACAAUUGAAAGUGAUAGUGAAUCAGAUGAAGUGGUCUACAUUGCUGAACAAGGCUAUGAGCCUAAGAAUUUAAAUUAG